AUGGAGAAUCAUCAUGCCGAACAAAACCAAUUAUCUUAUCACGAUGAAGAUAAAUAUUAUGACGAAAUUGUAUCCAGACUUCCUCCGGGCUACAGAUUUGUUCCGGAAGACGAGGAGUUGAUCGAGAAGUUCUUGAAGGUAAUAAUCAAAAACCCAGAACGCGGGAGAGUUCAGGGAAUUUUUACGGUGAAUCUCUAUGCCUCAUCUCCUGAUGAACUUACUGCUGCACACAAGCCGCAAUGUGAGGACACCUGGUACUUCUUUACGAAACGGACCCGAAAGUAUGCAAACGGAAGUCGCCCUGCUCGUGCUGCUGGUUAUGGCUAUUGGAAGCAAACAAACGUUGUCGAUAGUAUUAAUUAUGGAGUGGAUGAACAAAAGGAGCCUGUUAAAAUUGGCCGUAAAAUCACUCUUGAUUAUUGCUAUAAGAAUAAUGGUGUCGAGUCGCGCACUGAUUGGAAAAUGAAUGAGUACAGACUGGAUGGUAAAAAAUCUCCAGAUGACCACUGCAGCAAUGCUGAAACUCCUGUGGAGUUCGAUGAGUGGAGCUUAUGCAGAAUAUACAAAGGCAGAGGUUCAAAACAAAAAAACAAGGGUAAACAAGUUGUUCUCCAGGUGGAAGCGGAACCAAGCUCAGGCACGCAGGCAAUUGCUUCUGAAGAACAUAAUGAACAUUUUGCAGGUGAAGCAGAUGGCAAUUCUACAGGGCAAAGCACCGCAGCAGCUUCCAAUAACCAACUGUCCAUUCCGCGAGAGCAAUAUAAUGGACUCUACGCGGGAGGACCUGGUCCAAGCUCUGUUCAGCAAAGUACAAAUCUGCAAUUCAACAACAGUAGGGAAUGGAUCCCGAAUUACUCACAUUAUAUGGCAAAUGUAGCCAGUGGUUCGACGAAUGGGAUGCACUAUACUUCUUAUUGUCUGCCGCCUGAAUUUCAGGAAAAUUAUCCUGUGUACGAGAAUGCUGGUUUUGUUCAGCCCCUGAGGAGUUUGCCUCCCAAUGGCAUACCUACGUCGUCUUCGUUGGAUAUCAACCAAAAUUCUUCAAGCAUUCGAGACCAUGUUACAAGUGAGGAGGAGUUUGGUUUUCCUUUUACUGAUGUGGAUAUCACAUUUGAUGAUUUCGAGUUUGAAAAGAAAAAUCUCUGA